AUGCGUCUCACUGAGCACACCUUUCGAGCUUUGGCUCAGCCAAUGAUUGUUGGCCCUGCAUCUGAAUUUGACCGUGACUUUGUCACUUACUUUGGUUGUUCACCACACAGCGUGGCCAAGGCAUGGAAUUGUAACAACUUCAUUGGAGCGAAGCCGAAGCAUUUGCUUUGGACGUUGGUUUGGAUGAACGUCUAUGGGACUUGCCUUGUCACUGUUGACACCACUGAUGUUGCCAUUCCCGAGCCUCCCUUGAAACCUGGACAAGAGCGCCCUCGCAACAACGCUGGCAAGCAGCUUCCAUUCAACCUCAAAUGGUACAGCAAGAAGGUUGGUGGUGCUGCUCUCCGAUAUGAGACUGCAAUCUGCAUUCAAACAGGAGACAUUGUUUCAAUCAAUGGGCCCUUUCCGGCUGGUCGAUGGAAUGAUCCAAAGAUCUUUCACAAUGACUUGCUUGCUAGAUUGGGACCGGAGGAAAUGGUAGAGGCGGAUGGAGUCUACAAGGGGAUGCCCUUUGAUGUCCGCACUCCCCAUGAUCACAUCAAUGAAGCCGACAAGAAGGCCAAGAGCCAUGCUCGAGCCCGCCAUGAGAUUAUCCUUCACCGGAUCAAGGAAUGGAACUGUAUUGGCCACCGCUUCAAACACUCCCUGGAGAUGCAUGGCAUGGCUUUCCGCGCUGUCGUCGCCAUGGUGCAGCUCAUGAUUGAAGAAGGCGAAAUUGCCUUUAAAGUCGACUACUAG